AUGCCCGUGAAUCUACUACUACCUUUGCCCGCGUUAGUAGGACAAAGAGUGGAAGAUGUUUGCAAAACCAAAGUAAAUCUACAUAAACGUGAUCUGGUGUUACAGAGUUUGUGGUAUUGGAAGCAAAUCAGCAAUGACAAGACACCUGACUCAAUCAAGAAAAAGCCAUCAACAGAGCUUUUGAUGUAUUGUUACAAUAAUACCCAUGAACUUCCGUUAUUCUCGAAAGCAGAUACUGAAAGACUUUGUCUUAAACAAGACGCCGAGUUUUGGCGAAUGUUAGAUGUCGCUGUUGAGCAGAAAAUUAUCACCAACGAAACAAAGCAUAUAUUCUCGAAUAAAGACGCUGAAGUAACGUCGAUUCAUACAUAG